UUCAUAGUUUCAUUGGAUUAUCAUUCUGCAAAAAAUAAAAAAUCACACAAUUCCUUUUUCAUUCAGGAUUUUCUGUCUGAUUUACUUUUGUUGGUUGUGCCUUAUCAGGUUGAAGAAAAACUUCAAUGUAGCUAUCGCAAGGAGUGCAAGAUGCUGAAGAAUCUAGAUGAUAGAGGUGCAGAGUCAAUGGUUGAUGCAAUAUCAAGCAGAGUUCAAAAAUUAAGAGAUGACGAAUUGCAUUUCCAAUUGAUUGAAUUGAUUGAAGGAUUUAGGAGGAUGUGGGCGUUUCUAGCCAAGAUUCAUCAGAAGCAACUCCAAGCAAUUGCAGGGAUCAAAGUCUGUGUGCGCAUAGCAGGAGCUGACAUUCCACAUAGUUCAGGAAUAAAGGCUAUUCAGAGUCUGGAAAAAGAGAUUUUAAACUGGGUUACAUGCUUUAAUAAUUAUAUGAACUUCCAGAAAACCUUUGUGAAAAAUUUGAAUGAGUGGCUUUUCAGAUGCAUCCUCCAAGAACCAGAAGAAACCAGCGACGGAACUGCUCCUUUCUCUCCAAGCAGAAUGGGUGCUCCACACAUUUUCACCGUUUGCAAUGAUUGGUAUCAUGCUAUUGGAAGAGUUUCAGAAAGGGGAGUAUCUGAAGCAAUGCAGAAUUUCGCUUUGAGGCUGCACCACUUGCAGGAAAUGCAAGCUCAAGAAAUGCACCAAAGACACAAAUCAGAGUCACUUUCCAAGGAUUUUGCAAAGUAUAUGAAAAACCUUCUUGAGAAUGGUUUGACGCAUCAACAACAGGAUAUGUUGUUAAACAACAAUGUCGAUGUCUCAGGAUUUGCUAUUGAAUCUGGAGCUCUCCUUGCAGAUGAAGUCAGCGAAGAGACGAUUUCUAUGAUAAAGAGAUUGGAUGAACAGAAAGCAAGGCAUGAAGAAGCUGUUAAACAAGUCAAUGAUGCUGCUUCAGGUUGCCUACAAUGGUGCGUAGCCCCCAUUUUUGAGGCCUUAGAAAGCUUUUGUCUUCAGAACUUGAAUGCAUAUGAGCAGAUUAGAAUUCAAAACAAGGAUCAAAGCAUAUAGGAAACUGAAAAGAUUUUAUUUUAUUUUUCCUGCAGUUUUGAAUGUAUAAGUUAAGUGUUUUGCUGAAGCAUUUUCAGAUAGAAGAUUAAGAAAAUAUAGGAGGAUGAUUAAAAAAAUCCUUUGAAACAUGCCAUAGCUCUUGAGAUAAUGUGAGAAAAUCAUGGAUUUAUUUGGGUA